CUGGAAUCUAGAUGAAAAACACGAUGAUGCUGGAGGAACUCAGCAGGCCAGGCAGCAUCCAUGGAGAAAAGCAGACGGUCAACAUUUCGGGCCAGGACCCUUCUUCAGAACUGAAGAUGUCCUCUCGCUGUGCCGGUAAGAACCAGCUUCCUCCACACUGGACUCUGAUGGCCGUACUUGCUGUUCUUGUGGUCGGGACUGCAGCCUGCCCACCCUACUGCAUCUGCGACAACAUCCAGGGCGUGGUGACCUGCAUCAAGAAACAGCUCACGGCCAUCCCCAUCACCAUACCAGAGGGUACUAAACAGCUUGACAUCAGAGGGAACAACAUCAAUAGUGUUCCAACUGGAGCAUUCCUUCCUAUUCCCUACCUUACUCACCUAAACCUACAGAAAUGUAAGAUCAACCAUCUUCAAGAAGGUGCUUUCCGUGGCCUUGGCCGACUGAUCACUCUCAACCUGGGGUUCAAUAACAUAGAAUUCAUUUACCAGGAGACCUUCGAUGGGCUUUUCUCUCUCCAACAACUCAUCAUCAACAACAACAAGAUCGAGGAGAUCAAACCUGGUGCUUUUUCUCAACUGGGGUUCUUAAACUUCUUAAACCUGGAAGGGAACUUCCUGGUCUACUUGCCUCCCUUGCUUUUCCAAGGUCUCCAGCAAAUUAAGUACAUGCGCUUGUCAAGGAAUAUGAUCAACAAUAUUGCAGAUGAGGCCUUUGCUGGGCUAUGGACACUGAAGAGACUGAACCUUGACAGCAAUGAGCUCCAGUUUUUGCCAACUGAAGCAUUAUCCAGGCUUAAAACUGUGGUCAGACUAGAUCUGAGCCGGAACCCAAUGACCUACAUUGGUGAAGAAUCAUUCCGGAUGCAUUCAUUGAAACAUUUGAUGAUGGACGAUAUGGCCCUUCAGGAUGUGUCUCUCACUGCAUUUGUCCACAGCCCAAUGUUAUCAAUUAUCGAUUUCCGCAACAACCAACUCCAGAUCAUUCCGCCCCUGGCUGGGGUCGAGUCCUUGAGAAUGCUCAACCUGACAGGCAAUCCGAUCCAAUGCAACUGUUUGAUGAGACCUUUCAGGGAAUGGAUGGCCAACCACACAAAACCAAGAGCCGAGGUGUUCUGCAGUGCCCCUGGUUUAUAUGAGGGGGAGAGGUUGGACUCUCUGCGCCCAGUUGACCUGAGGUGUGACAGCCGUCCUUUAGACGUUGAAGAGGAAGAGGAACUCAACCUGGCGAACAAGACCGCGGCAAAUAAUCAGGAUAGCCGCCCAUGUCCAGACCACUGCGACUGCAAGCAUGACCUGCAACAUUCCAGCUGUGAGGGGAAGGGGCUACGCAAGAUCCCAAGGGGCUUCCCCCCUGACGCUCACCUUCUGGACAUGCGCUACAAUGAUUUCCACUUAGUCCCCAGGGGCUCCUUCCCAGACAUGAAGCAACUCAUUUCCCUUCACUUACAGAACUGCAGAAUUCACGACAUCCACGCCGGGGCCUUCCGUGGCUUGAAGAAGCUCAUUUACUUGUACCUGUCUUUUAACGAGAUAAUCAGUCUCCAACCGGAAAUCUUCGAAGGACUUCCUGAGCUGACGUACCUCUACCUGGACCAUAACAAGUUGUCAUUGAUACCCAAGGGGGCAUUCAGGCUCCUGCCCAGCCUCUUUGCUCUUCACUUGGAGUAUAAUCCCAUCCCUCAACUGACUGAUGAGAAUAUGGAAGGGGCAGAGAAGCUACGAUGGCUCUACCUGACCGGCAGCAACCUCACUUACAUUUCCCCAACUGCCCUGCACCCCGUGAGUCAGCUCCAGAAGCUGUUCUUGGACGAGAAUAAGCUGACGGCAAUUCCCACCAUUGCUCUGAUGAAGAUGUCCAUCUUGGAUGAACUGAAACUAUCCAGCAAUCCUAUUAAAGAGAUCGGAAGCGGUGCCUUCCUGCCGAUGGCAGGGUCUCUCCAACACUUAUGGCUGAAUGACAUGGGUUUGGAGAAGAUCUCUGAUGGGGCCUUUGAUGGAGUGAACACAGGGCUGCAGAGCCUCUACCUGGAGAACAACAAGCUGAGCUACAUUCCCAGCUUGGAAAACUUCAGAAGUCUGCACACCAUUAACCUGUCCAACAACCCCUGGGACUGUGACUGCCCACUCCUCCACCUCCGCAGGUGGCUUGAAAAUACCAAUCUAAAGGUCCCGGCUGUCUGUAACCUCCCACAAAAUGUGACAGGCGUGAGUGUGAAAAAUGCCCCCUUUAAGAACUGCGGAGGUAACCUCCCUGAGAAGAAUGAAAGGUCCCCAAAGAAAAGUAAAGGAAGUCGGGCGGGAGUCACACGCAAAACGAUCAACAGGAAGAAACCAAAGCGAACAUACAAAACAGAAAAGAGAAACAGAAAGACCAAAGCACAAUAGACCAAUAAAUUUCUGAGUGAACAGAGAGUGGCCUGGCAGAGAGUGGAGCGGAGCUGACUGUUUUUUAAGUGGUUUGAGUUUAUUCUCUCAUCCCUCUGCUUAGUCUGUAUGUCAUUCCUGUCCAGUACCUUAAAAAAGGUUGCAAUCUAUACCAAAGAUGAUGACGCUGUUUGCAAUGAAGAGUUAACAAUAGUGAUAUUAGUGAUUUCUAGGCUUUGCUUCUUUUAAGUUAAGAAUCGACUUUCUUUUAAAGAGGGAGUCACUUGCCAAGCAAGAUCUCUGUACUGGAGAGGCGUCCCAUCAUUGGAUCCCAUAUACAGUGCAGCAAGUUUCUAUAAAAGUCAUCUGGGGCCAAGAAUGUUAAUGGUGAUUUCUUUGGUUAGUAAGGAAGUUUACAUCAAAUUCCAGAAUGGAAACAACUUCGGCAAACAUAUUUAUAAUCCCUAGUUAUUCAUGUUACCAAAGUCUAUUUUGUUUAUGCAUUUGAAGGCAAAAUGUUCAGGAUUUUGCU